AUGGCAACCAGAGAGAGUCAAGGGGUAGGCGGCGGCGGCGGCGGCAGCGGCGGUCAGGGACAGCAUGCUACGGGAGAGCAGACCGCAUCUGUGCCAAAUACUUUUGAUCCCGACCUGGAAGCCGGUCGUGUCGGCGCCCUGCCUGCCGAUAAUCCCACUGAAGCUUCCAGCCACCUAUCAUUCAAGACUCCAAGCAGCGAUGAUAUUGAGAGCGCUAGUACCGCGAACGGGGUCCAUCACGAAUACAUCUCUAGCCACCAGGAUCCCUUUGCCGAGAAGAACGCACAACCGGACUUGGCGGAAACAACACCACAAAAGAAGCCGUGGUGGGCAUUUUGGCGAGCCGUUGGUUCCAACAAAGCAUUAUCUGACUUUGUGACCCCGAACGAGUGGCUUUUAACGCCGCUGAAUGCCGGACUGAGCGAGGAUGAUGUCGUCAGAAGACGCAGGUUCUGUGGCUGGAAUGAGUUGGUGACCGAGAAGGAGAAUAUGCUGCUUAAGUUCUUAUAUUUCUUCUCGGGCCCGAUUCUCUACGGUUUCGUACCCUUUCCCUGUGAAGUCAACCUGACCUCAAAAGCUGACUUGUGCGCAGUUAUGGAGCUUGCCGCUUUGAUAGCCCUUCUCCUGCAGGAUUGGAUCGAGUUCGGUGUCAUCAUCGGCAUCCUUCUCCUAAACGCUGGGGUCGGGUGGUACCAAGAAAAACAGAUAAGUCUCUUGAUCAUCAUUGAAGAUGGUGAUGUGAUUCCUGCGGAUGCUCGCAUCAUAUGUGACUUCGAGGGCUCGGCCGCCGGUUAUCAGCAGUACUUGCUAGAGUUGCAGCAGCACAAUGCCGAUAAUCAAGAGCACGGAACAGCUGGGGAGGACGGAGAGGAGGACGUCCCGCAUCCUGGUGGCGGUCCCAUCUUAGCCGUUGAUCAAAGCGCUAUGACCGGCGAGUCUCAUGCUGUCGACAAGCAUAUGCUGGACACGAUCUACUACACAACUGGAUGUAGGCGUGGGAAGGCGUACGCCAUCGUCACCCAUGUGGCUCCAGCGUCCUUGGUCGGCAAGACCGCAAUCCUUACACAAGGUGCCCAAGAUCAAGGUCACUUCAAGGCAAUCAUGAACUCCAUCGGUACUGCGCUGCUGGUGCUCGUAGUCUUCUUCAUCCUUGCUGCUUGGAUUGGCGGUUUCUACCGCAAUGUACGCAUCAUCGAUGCUGAGGACAGCCCCCACAGCUUGGUUCGGUACAUGCUCAGUCUUCUUAUUAUUGGUGUCCCAGUCGGUCUACCGGUUGUGACAACAACCACUCUCGCGGUUGGGGCCGCCUAUCUGGCGAACGAGAAGGCUAUCGUGCAGAAACUGACUGCGAUCGAGUCUCUGGCGGGUGUCGACAUCCUCUGCUCGGACAAAACGGGGACCUUGACAGCCAACCGUCUUUCUCAACGGGAGCCUUUCGUUAUGGAGGGCGUCGAUAUCAAUUGGAUGAUGACAGUGGCCGCGCUGGCUUCGAGCCACAACGUCAGCAAUCUUGACCCGAUUGACAAGAUCACCGUCCUUAGUGUGAAGAGAUAUCCGGUAGCGAAAGCCUGGCUGGCAAGAGACUGGAGGAACAUACACUUUGAGCCGUUCAACCCCGUCUCCAAGCUCAUCGAGGCUGUCAAAGAGCUCGAUGGCGUUCGUUACACGUGCAUCAAAGGGAGUGCCACCUCGGUCUUGGCCAAGUGCAAUGGGAGUCCCGAGCACACCGACAUCUUCCGCAGAAAAGCUAGAGAACUUGCGUCACGGGGGUUCCGAUGCUUGGCCGUCGCCGUCAAGAAGAAUGACGAGCCCUGGGAGCUCUUGGGUAUGAUGUCGCUGUUUGACCCGCCUCGGUCCGACACGGCGGAGACCAUUGCAGAAGCUCAAGCCCUAGGUCUUUCGGUCAAGAUGCUGACGGGCGAUGCCUGCCCUAUUGCCAAAGAGACCUGCAAGAUGCUGGCAAUGGGUACCAAGAUUUACAAGGCGGACAGCCUUUCCAGGGAGACACCCGGGACUGCUAUUCAUGAUCUCUGCGAGCGUGCAGAUGGCUUUGCAGAGGUCUUUCCCAAGCAUAAGUAUUUGGUCGUCGAGAAGCUCCAGGAACGUGGUCACCUCACGGCAAUGACUGGAGACGGUGUCAACGAUGCUCCAUCUCUGAAGAAGUCAGACUGCGGCAUAGCCGUCGAGGGUGCGACCGAGGCUGCCCAAGCAGCGGCUGAUAUUGUGCUCCUGGAGCCGGGUCUGAAGACAAUUAUCUCGGCGAUCAAGAUCUCACGCCAGAUCUUCCAGCGUAUGAAGGCGUAUAUUCAGUAUCGGAUUGCGCUCUGCCUUCAUCUGGAGAUCUAUCUCGUGACCUGUAUGCUGGGAAUCAAUGAGACACUGCACCUACCCUUGGUCGCGUUCCUCGCUCUUUUUGCCGAUCUGGCUACGAUUGCUGUGGGCUUCGACAAUGCCCACUACGAGAUGAGGCCGGUAGAGUGGCAGCUGCCCAAGAUCUGGAUUAUCAGCGUUGUCUUGGGUGUGCUUCUUACCAUCGGGACGUGGGUUCUACGCGGGACGCUCUGGCUCUCCUCGGGCGGUGUCAUUCAAGACUACGGCAGCAUACAGGGGAUCCUGUUCCUAGAGAUCACGCUCACGCAGAACUGGUUGAUCUUUGUGACCCGCGGGUUCAAGACGUGGCCGUCGUUUGCGCUGGUCGCUGCUAUCGCCGGCGUCGACAUCCUGGCUGUCGUGUUUGCGCAUUUCGGAUGGAUGACUGGUGGCGCUGGCCUACAGUCGACGCCGCCAACGCCCGCAGGGAACAUCAACGCGAACGGACAGACAGACUGGAAGACUAUCGCUGUGGUAUUCUUGUACUCGGUCGCUGUAUCCAUCGUGGCUGGUGUCGUGUACCACGUCAUGACGGAGUGGACAUGGCUCAACGACAUCGGGCGUACAAGGCGGUCGCGAACGGACACGGAGAUGGAAAACGUGCUGGCACGUCUUGGGAAGAUUGCUAUUGAGCACGUGCAACCAGGCGGAGAGGUGAGCCGAUACUAUUUGGAGACGAGACAAGACGAGUCGGAUGAUGAGUAG